AUGGCCGCGCCGUCCUGCCCGCCGUCCCCGCUGCUCGUGCGCGUGUCCGAGCCGGGCCCCCGGAUGCACCUGAAGCUGGAGAAGUACUUCCAGAGCCGGAGCUCGGGCGGCGGCGAGUGCACGGUGCGGGCGCUGAGCGACAGCACCCCGGACACCUUCCGGGUGGACUUCGCCGAAAGGGCGGCUAAGGAGGGAGUGUUGAAAAAAGGAGACCACCAAAUUUUGGUGGGAAGCUGCUUUGUGAGCAUUUUCCUGGAACCCACUGGAAAUCUAAUCGAGAAGAGCACCCACCAGCAAAGGUCCUUGUCGGCAUCGUCAGGAGCAGAGGUGCUGCCGGGUGAGAAGCAUCCCGAUGAAGAACCGGUGCCUAGCCCUGUGGAUUCCGGUGUGUCCAAGAUCUUUCUUGCUGUCACAGCUGACCUGAACUGUCACCUGCUCUCUAAAGAACUGAGGGAACACAUAAGGACUCUCUGCCCCCAGGUCCAACAAACGGAGGGUCUCCAUGGGAUUGAGAAGGUGUACGGUGACUUCAAGGAUAUUGAAAGAAUCUAUCGAUUCUUGAGUGAGCGGCUGCUGGAAAGUGAGCCAAUCUCGGAGGCUUCCCCUGGAGCCACAGAGAAGGGGCACCCCGGUCAGUGGGACUGGAACCACGCAGUUUCUCCUGAACCACAAACCAGGAAAGAAGAGAAAAGUACCUGUUUUACAGUUUCCUUGCCUCUCUUCGAAUACUUCCAGUAUACUUGUCCUGGUAAAAUUCAAAUGAUAGAGACAAAAUUUGGCAUCAACAUCAACAUUGGGACAAGUUCUCCAAAUAUGGUCUCUGUAGACUUCACCUCCAGCCAAUCAGGAGACCUCGAAGGGGCCCGGGAAUUGUUUGCCUCUGAAUUUCAGAAUGUCAUGCAAUCUCUAAAGCAGGAGACUGUCCCUGUAGUAGACGGUAAGAAGCCAAAUGAAAUCAAACAAGAAUUAAACCAUCGGUUUAAAAAACUCCUUAUAAAGGAGAAAGACAGGGAAUUAAUUCUUCUUGGGCCCCAAGAUGACAUCUUGGCUGCCACAGAAUUUCUUGUCUCCCAGGUCUCUAAGCGCCCUGUCAAGACACCUGUGAAAAUAUCGGCUCCCAAGGGCAAGAAGAAUGGAAUUGAAGUCGACACUGUCCACUAUAAGCUCUUAGAAGAUGAAUUGCGGCAGGAGAUAGUAACGAUAGACAGAAAAUACAACACUUGCUGCAAGGCUUUUGAAAAAACACAGAAUGCUCAAAAAACCUGUAUUCAGUUUGACCCCAAGGACAAGGAGGUCGAUCUGUCCAUGCAUGCAUGUGCGAGCUUCAUCGAUGCCUAUCAGCAGGUCUCUGGGAUGCUGAUAAGAGAAGUUCUCUCGUUGACACUUUUGGGCAAGGACAGAAAAUACUUACUUGGGACUAAGUUUGUUGAUGACUUUAGGAAAAUGCAUCCACAUAUACAUUUUGUGAUAACCCAAGAGUCGAUGAUUCUGACUGGUUUGCCAAACCACCUUACAAAGGCCACGCAGUAUUUCUCUGAGAGAGAAAAGAGAGAGGCAAGGCCUCUGUUGGUCCAGGAGAAAUGGAACAUGGAUAAUGAGACGGCAGUGGACAUCGAUAGAAAGAGUUCCAAAGCAUCCCCUCCUCCAUUGAUGGGAUCUGCCAGUUCUGGGGCCUCUGGCGGGGACAAAGAGGAAGACAACAUAUGUAGCAUUUGUAGGGACAUCAUUACGAACAAGAAAGUGCUACCAAAAUGCAAGCAUGAAUUCUGCACCCGUUGUAUUGACAAAGCCAUGACCUAUAAGCCGACUUGUCCUGUGUGCUUGACCUUCUACGGUGUCCAGACAGGGAAUCAGCCAGAGGGAACCAUGACUGUCACCAAGCUAUCACAAAGUCUUCCAGGUUAUAAAUCUUAUGAAACCAUUAAGAUUUGUUAUAAAAUGAUCGGAGGCAUCCAAACAAAAGAUCACCCAAACCCAGGGAGGACAUAUAGUGCAACAGUUCGAAAUGCAUACUUGCCUGAUAAUGAGGAAGGAAGGGACGUCUUGAGAAUGCUUCGUACAGCCUUUGAACGAAAGCUGAUCUUUACAGUGGGGCAGUCCCAAACAACAGGAGCCUCGAGUGCCAUUACAUGGAAUGAUAUCCACCACAAGACAUCCAUGGACGGGGGACCCCAAUGUUUUGGCUAUCCCGACCCGCUUUACCUGAGCCGAGUCAAAGAGGAGCUGAAGGCAAAAGGAAUUCUGUAAGAAGACAGCUGGAAGGAUGUCUUGACCUGCCUUUCAAAAGAUAUUUGAGGAGGCAGAGUAGAUACACCAAUCUAGCACAUUAAGUCUACUCUUUUGUUUUUUUAAUUGACGUCAAGAAGUGGUUUGUGUAAAAGUAAGAAGCUGCAAGCCUGUCAUUUCAGGAGUGUUGCUUCUCGGGGUGGACAAAAGCCCAAAGCAGCAGUACGAUUUUGCUGAGAGGUGUCAUGCCUCCUCCUUGUGUGCUCCCUGGGUGUGAAAGGCAUGUGGCUGUGGCCUUGACGUGCUGUUUACACGCUUUCCAUCAGACCUCGAGCUGUCGAUUUGCACUGUCAUCUCUAGGGUGGCCCGGUAAUGUUUUGUUUGGUUGUUUUUUUAAAUCCCUACCUGUGAAAGUGAUGAAAGGAAAUCCUAAUGAGAAAAGAUUCAAAAACGAGGCUUGGAUUAUGGACAAUUAGAGAUGCGCGUCCCCAUCCUCCAACCAUGGCUGGAGAAGAAGCCAGGAGUCAAGAUUGAACCACCUUUGGUAAUAAAAGGAAAAGGGGUGUUAUUAUUUUUUUUGAAAGAGAUUUUUGAGGGCACAUAAUCCACCUAUCGAUAGUUCAAUAUUUCAAUAAUAUCAAGAAGAGUUAUGCAAUCA